UAUUAUGUCAUCAGAUCAUCGCUUGACAAGUGUGUACCGAAUGAGCAGGAUUUAGCUUUAUGUAGAAGCUUAAUCCAUUCAUUAAUAAGAUUUCUCAGAUGGUGUCAGAAGGCAACCGGGAGGGUCUUAAUGAAGCUGCGCUCAACCGCUAUAACACCGUUCGACCCAGUGCAUACAGCAGCCCUGCUGCUCCGCCUCCUGCCACGGUCACCACAGCGCCCUCCAGUGGCACCUCCGCUGCUGCAUCCUUCUUUGCCAGGGCUGCCCAGAAAUUGAAUCUGUCUGCCAAGAAGAAGAAGCAGCGCCCUGCGCCCCCUGUGGCAUGUGAUCCACCCCUUUUUCCCACCAACUUCAGCGGCAUCCUGCAGGUGUCUCCGCCCCCUGCUCCGCCCUGCCUCUUACGGGCAGUCAACAAAGUUAAAGACACUCCUGGCAUGGGCAAGGUUAAAGUGAUGGUACGCGUAUGUCCUUCAUCGCCCGUCAGCGCAGCAGAGUCCAGCUCGUUCCUGAAGGUCGAUUCUCGUAAGAAGCAGGUGACCAUCAUGGAUCCAGCAGUUAAUUCUCAGCAGAAUCAAACUCAGAAACGUGGCAGCUCCAACCAGGUUCCUCCAAAGAUGUUUGCAUUUGAUGCGGCCUUCUCCCAUGAUGCCUCUCAGGUUAAAGUGAUGGUACGCGUAUGUCCUUCAUCGCGCAGCAGAGUAGCAGAGUCCAGCUCGUUCCUGAAGGUCGAUUCUCGUAAGAAGCAGGUGACCAUCAUGGAUCCAGCAGUUAAUUCUCAGCAGAAUCAAACUCAGAAACGUGGCAGCUCCAACCAGGUUCCUCCAAAGAUGUUUGCAUUUGAUGCGGCCUUCUCCCAUGAUGCCUCUCAGUUACAGAAUCAGAGUGAGUUGCGCGCUCCUACGGCUGAGAAGGCCGCUUUCUUCUUGGAUGCUGCCAUUGCUGCACGUUACAGCAGUAAGCCAGACUACGACGAAGAGGAGCACCGUAACUCUCACAUGCUCUUCACCCUACACAUCUACCAGUAUCGAAUGGAAAAGACUGGCAAGGGUGGAAUGUCGGGAGGCAGGAGCCGACUGCACCUCAUCGAUCUAGGCAGCUGUGUUAAGGUUUUGAGCAAGACCCGUGACAGCACUACAGGACUCUGCCUCUCUCUGUCCGCUCUGGGCAAUGUCAUUUUGGCUUUAGUCAAUGGCAGCAAGCACAUCCCUUACAAAGAUAGUAAGCUAACAAUGCUGUUACGUGAGUCCCUGGGAAACAUGAAUUGUCGCACCACUAUGAUAGCCCACAUUUCCUCGUCACCCAGCAAUUUCUCAGAGACACUCUCUACCCUUCAAAUCGCCUCUCGUGUUCUUAGACUGAAGAAGAAGAAGGCUAAACAAUACACAUCCAGUUCCUCUGGUGGUGAGAGCUCAUGUGAGGAAGGAAGAAUGCGUCGUCCAACACAGCUGAGAACCAUCCAUUCUAGAAAUGUUGUUGAUUCAGAGAUGCCCCUGCUACAUCUCUCCAGUGACCCUGAAGAGUAUUCCAGCAGCGAACAGUCAUGUGACACAGUUAUCUAUGUAGGUCCAAAUGGCUCAGCCCUCUCAGACAAAGAGCUAACAGACAACGAAGGUCCUCCAGAGUUUGUUCCUAUAAUCCCAUCUCUACAUAAAAAUAAAGCAGAUCUUGGCAAGGCUUCUUUGACAUCACAACCAUCUCAACAGGUUGUAGCCCCACUAGUUCAAGCCUCACAGUCUGUCCAACCCUUGCAGACCAUUAAUCCGCAGCCACUCCCACCUUUGCCAGAGGAAGGUGCUGAGCCAGGUAAAAAGGAAAAAGACUGCCUUAAGUGCAACACUUUUGCAGAGCUCCAAGAGAGGCUGGACUGCAUUGAUGGAAGAGAAGAGGUUACAACAUUCCCUUUUGAAGAAGUCUCUGCCAACAGAGCUGCCAAAUUUGAGCCUGGCCAUGGUCAAGUCGUUAAAGGGGGUCAGCAAUCCAGUUCUCCCAAGAGGAUCUCUGACCAGCAGCUGGAGGAGAUCCGUGAGGUGGUUGAAGAAGCAGAGAUCGCUCAGUCAAUAAUUGAAAGCUUGACACAGACUUCAACAGGCAGUUGUGGACUCUCCAGCAGCAGAAGUGUGACUGGCAGCAGUGGUAUUGGGCAAUUUAUAAAGAGCUCCAGUUUACAUGACAGCAAAGAAUCCAUCAGUGGUGGAAGCAGCAGUGAGAGUAAGCCUCGUCCUAUGGGCUCCCCACGGUUGGGCAUUGCCAGUCUUACUAAAACCUCAGAGUACAAACCCCCAUCCUCUCCCUCUCAACGCUGCAAAGUGUACACCCAGAAAGGAAUAAUGCCUGGAACACCACCUCACUCCUCACAUAAUCUUAAUAAAGACUCUAGAAAAUCAUCUACAGAGUCUUUGCUUAAUCCUGAGUCUAGAACCUCUCCGGUGGGGAUGAGCCCACAGGUCCUAAACAGAUCUUCAUCAUCCAAUAGCCUUGGAUCAGCUGAGACACUGUGUGAUGAUGUUCCCCAGCUGCCUUUGGACAGUAAGAAAAAUGUGAAGGACACCACAGCCACAGUUACGCUGGAGCAUCCUUUGGAGCCCAGUGGAGAGGAUGAGCUGGUGUUUACCCUUGUGGAAAAGCUGACAAUUAGUGGGGUGAUGGAAAAUGGCAGACCAACCAGUAUUAUCAGCUUUAAUAGUGACUGCUCGGUGCAGGCUAUGACAUCGGGUUCAAGACCUGUUAGUAUAAUUAGCAGCAUGAGUGAAGACCUAGAACAUUACACCACAGCUCCCUGCACUACCACUGCCACUAUCUCACAAGUCAACAUUGCUAAAUUCCUGCCUCUCCGCAAGAUAGAAGGGGAUGCCCAGGCUAGUCGUCGUUCCUCAAUCAGCUCAUGGCUGAGUGAAAUGAGUGCUGGCAGUGAUGGCGACCAGUCAUGCCAUAGCUUUGUUGCCCAACAGUGCUUUGGACAAGGUGAGGCAAUAGCCGAAGACAGGCUUUUAGAAAUUCAAGAAGAAGGUGACAUAGACCCCGAGUCAAAUGAUCAAAAGAACUCAGACAAAGAGAGUGAUUCCAAUAAAACCGAAGUGAAUGAUAAAAACACAGCUAAACACAAAUUAGACAAGCUGUCCUCAACCUCAAGUGGCUAUGUUCCUUUUAAGACCAAUAUCACAACUCACCCAUGUGCUGCUGUUAAGCCAAUAGUUGUGCAGGACUUACAAACAAAAACCCCUCUAGUCAAAGAUCCCAAAUCACCACUUGUUCCAAUCUCAAGUGAGAUACAUUUUGAUGACCCUUGGAUGAAAAGGGAGGGAUGUGAAGAGACCAAGCCUUUGGAGAUGGUCUGUGAUAUCAAGUCAGAGAAGAGAACAUCUGAAUCUGUAAAAAGGAAGUGGCAAGUUGACAAGCACAGCUCAAGUGAAGCAGCAUGUUCCCCUGAUUCAAUGAACCGGGUGGUGAAUGGCUGCGAGAUGGUCUUCAAUGCAUCUGAAAGCAUAAUUCAAGUGUACUCUGCAGACAUCCUCAGGACGGGUAGUCUCCCUCGUGCAUGGCAUCGCUUGAAUAAGCAGGAUGAUCUGGACGACCCUACAUAUCGUUACAUGAGUGGAGAGUAUAAAAGCCUUGGGGUUACCACUUCCACUCCCUGCAGUCCAAGAGCCACACUUGAAAGAAGAAGUUCAGCAGGGAGGCAAGGCAUCUUUGCUCGUCAGAAAGGAAUCCCACCAUUGCCACCUGUAAGGAAGUCUAGCCUUGACCAGAGGAAUCGAGCAAGUCCACAGCAUAGUCCAGGAAAUUCUCAGACACCAAACCAGCAUCUGUCUUUCAUUGGCAGCACACCUGAAGACCUGGCUGGUAAACACAAAGGACCAAAUGUAGAGAGCAGCAGACUCUUCAGUGCCAAACUUGAGCAGUUAGCAAACAGAACCCAUUCCUUAGGGAGGUCUCAUGGGGCACAUUAUGACUGUCAUUCCUUAGAGAAGGCUGAGAUUUUGACCUCUCUAGGCUCUAAAGGAGGAGUUACAAAAGACAGUACAAUGCCAAGGACAGGUAGGAGCAUCACCCGUGGUUUGCUCUCAUCACCUAUCAAUGGACCAAAUGGUAAUAAUAAUGCCCCACAAUUACCCAAAGCAAGUCAAUCCAAAAUCUCUGCAGUUAGCAAACUCCUUAUGGCAAGUCCCAAAGCUCGAAGCUUAUCAUCCUCUUGCACAAAGACCCUAAGUUUCUCCACCAAGUCCCUCCCACAGUCAGUAAACCGAAGCUCAAGUUUGCCUCCCAAUGGAAAGAACCAGAACCAAAAUUCAUGGUCAACUCAGUCCUUAAGUCGCAGUAGGGGAACAGGGUUAGCAUCUAAGCUACCUUUAAGAGCAGUGAAUGGACGAAUCUCUGAGCUCCUUCAAGGUAGCGCUAGCUCUCGUGCUGCCCAAGGACGAGGGGCAUCAGACACUGAGGAGAGAGGAGCAGCAGUCCAAGGAGAGGAAAGGCCGGUGGUCCAUACUUUGCCCUCACCUUACAGUAAGAUCACCGCCCCAAGAAGGCCUCACCGUUGCAGUAGCGGACAUGCCAGUGACAACAGCAGUGUUCUAAGCGGAGAGCUUCCUCCAGCCAUGGGAAAGACUGCUUUGUUCUACCACAGUGGCGGCAGCAGUGGCUAUGAGAGUAUGAUACGAGACAGUGAGGCCACAGGAAGCACAUCAUCUGCUCAGGACUCGAUGAGUGAAAACAUCAGCUCUGUCAGUGGUCGCAGGAGCCUUAAGAAUUCAAAGAAAAGAAGUAAUACAGUGUGUCAAAUAAGUAUUUCCACACUUGAAAGAAGAAGUUCAGCAGGGAGGCAAGGCAUCUUUGCUCGUCAGAAAGGAAUCCCACCAUUGCCACCUGUAAGGAAGUCUAGCCUUGACCAGAGGAAUCGAGCAAGUCCACAGCAUAGUCCAGGAAAUUCUCAGACACCAAACCAGCAUCUGUCUUUCAUUGGCAGCACACCUGAAGACCUGGCUGGUAAACACAAAGGACCAAAUGUAGAGAGCAGCAGACUCUUCAGUGCCAAACUUGAGCAGUUAGCAAACAGAACCCAUUCCUUAGGGAGGUCUCAUGGGGCACAUUAUGACUGUCAUUCCUUAGAGAAGGCUGAGAUUUUGACCUCUCUAGGCUCUAAAGGAGGAGUUACAAAAGACAGUACAAUGCCAAGGACAGGUAGGAGCAUCACCCGUGGUUUGCUCUCAUCACCUAUCAAUGGACCAAAUGGUAAUAAUAAUGCCCCACAAUUACCCAAAGCAAGUCAAUCCAAAAUCUCUGCAGUUAGCAAACUCCUUAUGGCAAGUCCCAAAGCUCGAAGCUUAUCAUCCUCUUGCACAAAGACCCUAAGUUUCUCCACCAAGUCCCUCCCACAGUCAGUAAACCGAAGCUCAAGUUUGCCUCCUAACGGAAAGAACCAGAACCAAAAUUCAUGGUCAACUCAGUCCUUAAGUCGCAGUAGGGGAACAGGGUUAGCAUCUAAGCUACCUUUAAGAGCAGUGAAUGGACGAAUCUCUGAGCUCCUUCAAGGUAGCGCUAGCUCUCGUGCUGCCCAAGGACGAGGGGCAUCAGACACUGAGGAGAGAGGAGCAGCAGUCCAAGGAGAGGAAAGGCCGGUGGUCCAUACUUUGCCCUCACCUUACAGUAAGAUCACCGCCCCAAGAAGGCCUCACCGUUGCAGUAGCGGACAUGCCAGUGACAACAGCAGUGUUCUAAGCGGAGAGCUUCCUCCAGCCAUGGGAAAGACUGCUUUGUUCUACCACAGUGGCGGCAGCAGUGGCUAUGAGAGUAUGAUACGAGACAGUGAGGCCACAGGAAGCACAUCAUCUGCUCAGGACUCGAUGAGUGAAAACAUCAGCUCUGUCAGUGGUCGCAGGAGCCUUAAGAAUUCAAAGAAAAGAAGUAAUACAGGGUCCCAGAGACGCCGUCUAAUCCCUAACCUCACCUUAGACACCACCUCUCCCGUGAGAAUGCCGGUCAUCAGUCCAGGAUUACGCUGGGUGGAUGUUCCCCUCCGGCCAACACAGAGGGGUUUAGUUGAACCUUUCGAGAUUAAGGUUUAUGAGAUUGAUGAUGUUGAACGUCUACAGAGGAGGCGGACCGUAGGCAAUAAGGAAGUGGUAUACUUUAGUGCCAAACUGAAGAUCUUAGAGCAUCGGCAACAGAGAAUCUCAGAGGUGCGGGCCAAGUACGAUUGGCUGAAAAAGGAACUAGAGCAAACCAAACAACACCUGAUGCUGGAGCCAGAGAAAUGGACCACUGAAUUUGACCUUCAGCAGACGUUUGAAGUGGACUCUCUGGAGUACUUAGAAGCUCUGGAGUUUGUCACGGAACGACUGGAGAAUCGGGUCAACUUCUGCAAAGCUCAUCUGAUGAUGAUCACAUGCUUUGACAUCACCUGCCGGCGACGGUAAAAGAUUCGCCAAGUAUUAUGGACAGUUGGAAGUGGAAAAGGCUCAGCAGGGUGUAUGUGAGCAAGUUACAAAGUUCAUCACUACAGUGAUGGCUGAAAUGAUUGGGAAAAUAUAAAGACUUAAUAUUUUUUCUAAAAUGGAUUUUGCUGGGGAACGGAAAAAGCUGGACUUGGAGAGUUGAAAAGAAAAAAACAUUGUCCCACAUAGAUGGAGGAGCACUUUGGAACAUUGGAGUCAUUGUUUGCGAAAAUGGCUUGCUCGCUUGCUGUGAACAAAAUAAAUAAAUUGCCAUAUAAAAGAACAAAUCGUUAAAGAAGAUGAAUGAAAACAGAACAAAAAGGACGACAAGUGCCUUGUGAACACUUCAAUAUCUUGGAAAUCUAUGGACAAAAAUUCAUAUUUGUGUACAGAUGGUGCUAGCUUAAAAAAACAUGCAUACAAACAAACAAAAAAAGUAACAAGAAAAAGAAAACACUGCUUGUUAAAUGAUGUGUUUAAUCUCUGUCUCGGUAUUUGUAUUGUUAUACACUAGUCACAUUCAACAUGAACUGUUACGUGUGUUUUGUAUUAUUUUUUGUAUUCUUGGACACACUGAGACCACAUAGAGCAUUUCAUAUUCCAUGGAAUAGCACAGCAGGACAUCUCGAAGAAUGGUUCUGGCAUUGGCUCAUUGAUUUUUCACAUCCCCUGCGGUUAUGUUGGCAUUUUCAGCAGUGUGACGCCUCGGGCUGGGCCACUCCAACGUGUUACGGUUGAGCGGCGAGAAGAAUCCUCAGUCUGGCAGGACCAACAAGGAUCUUUAAUAUCAAUAAUGCAUCCCAACUUCUUGGGCAUUUUUAAAACAACACUUCACAGUUUACUUUUGUUCGUCAAAUACAACUUUAGUAGAAAUCGUUGAAUUUAGUCUGUUGCAUUGCAUUCCAGAUCAUAUUGGUGCAUAUGUCUGCUCAUUGGCCUUCCCUCUAUGUGGUCUCAUUGUACGUGUGCUGACACUUUGGUAUUGUUCUGUUUAUAUAUACAGUAUAUAUAUGGUGCUUGAGACAGUUUCAGCUCUAAACGUUUAUAGAUGAGUAUAUAGCCUGUUCCUGGUACUUACUAAAGACUUCAUAUGCUUUUCCAUUCCCGCUUCACUCCUCUUCCCUGCCCUGACCCUCGCCAAAGCAAAGGGGAGCGACAUUCCUGCUGCCCUUUUGGCAUUGUAAUGAAUGAAGGAUAUUAUUUAUUUUUUACCUCAGGAGGCCUGUAUGACAGAGAUGCUUAUAUUCUAUAAUUUAUUUAGCCUGCAAAGCACUAUGCAUUAAAAUUGUACAGUAGCUAAAUUCAUGCCAUAUAUAUAUAUAAAAUAUACUUCUAUAUUUCACUUUUGUUCUUCUUUAUAUAUUAUAUAGGUUUUGUUUUUGCAUUUCUUUGAAUACGCAUCUAUUGCCAAAUCAUGGGAGACGAGAGAACAAGCAAUUUCCAUGUUUAUUCACAAAAUGUUUUUCAUCACAAGCCGUCGCAUUCUUCAGCAUCUGUGAAUCGUUCAAGUAAUGCAUUGUGUGAUAUGCGGUACAAUGUGAAACGAAUAUCGUCCUUAAUGCGCUUUAAUGUUCACGAACAUGGUUGCGAAACUAAGGCCUCGCCUCCUUUCACUAAUUCAUGUGAAUAGAAAGGAAA